AUGUGGAGAAUUUUUGCUUAUGAUAUUCAUCAUAGAUGGACGUCAGUACAGAGGUUGACUUUUCACUUACCGAACCAGCAGCAUGUUGUAUUCGAUGAUGGUGAUAUCACUACUCAUGUUUAUUUGCUCAACAAAGAUUUGCUGACGAUGUUUACGGGUUGGAUGAUGGCCAACAGGCGAUUCUCGGAUGGGUGGUCUUUAACAUAUGUUGAAUAUCCAGGAAAAUUUGUCUAUUGUUCGAAUAGUAGGGAGUGGAAGCCGAGACAGAGGGGAUUCUCAAUUGGAAGAUUGAGUUUUGCUCAUCCCUCAUCUGGUGAACUUUUCUAUAUGCGGAUGCUUUUGAAUGUGCAGAGAGGUUGUACCAGUUUUCGAAGUAUAAGAACCGUGAAUGGUGUUACUUAUGAUACAUUUCAGGAGGCAUGUUCUGCCAUGGGAUUCUUGAUAGAUGAUAAGGAGUAUAUUUCUACUAUUAAGGAAGUCGCUGAGGUAGCGUCCGCUGCACAGCUAAGGAAGCCUUUUGUGAUGUUGUUGCUAUCUGGUUCCAUGGGAAGGCCUCUGUCAGUUUGGGAACAAACUUGGGCUUAUUUGUCUGAUGAUAUUCUUUAUCGUAGAAGGCAUGAGCUGCAAUAUCCUGAUCUAACAAUUAGUCAGGACGAUUUGCAAACAUUUUGUUUGUUGGAGAUUGAGAAACUAUUGCAGAGUAAUGGAAAAUCAUUGAGAAAUUAUGCUGGCAUGCCGGUUCCUAAUAACUCUUUAGUAUCUCAAUUUAGCAACUUGAUGCUGCUGCGUGAGUUGCAGUAUGACACUAUUUCUUUGACUCGUGAGCAUGAUGCAAAUGUGUUAAAGUUAAAUGAAGAACAGAGGGUGGUCUACGAUAAAAUCAUUGAUUGCAUUUCGAAUAAGAGGCACGGAUUCUUUUUUGUGUAUGGGUUUGGUGGCUCUGGAAAAACUUUUUUAUACAGGGUUUUGUCGGCUAGAUUGCGAUCUGAGAAAAGGAUUGUUAUAAACGUUGCUUCUAGUGGUAUUGCUUCUCUGUUGUUACCUGGUGGUAAGACGACUCACUCUAUGUUCAAUAUUCCUGUUGAGCUGACUAAAGAUACUGUUUGUCGGAUUAAGAAGGAUAGUGCAAAAGCUGAGGUAAUUCGAUUAGCCGAUUUGAUUUGGGAUGAGGCACCGAUGACUAACAAAUUGGCAUUUAAAGCGCUCGAUAGGAUGUUACGUGAUAUAAUGGUUUCGGUCUCUGAUAGGAAUAAAGAUUUACCUUUUGGUGGGAAGGUGGUUGUUCUCGGUGGUGAUUUCAGGCAGGUCUUGCCAGUUAUUCCGAAAGGUCGAUGUGGAACAGUGGUCAAUGAUAAACUUUUUGUUGAUAUUCCUUCUGAUCUAAUCAUUCUUGUCUUGGAAAAUCCAGUGGAAGAUAUUGUAAAUACAAUCUAUUCGAAUUUGGUUCAGAAUUUUUGUGAUCUAAGUUUUUUCCAGGAUCGGGCAAUUUUGGCUCCGACUGUCGACAAUGUUGAAGAGAUAAACAAUUAUAUAGUUGACUUGUUGCCUGGGGAGAAGAAAAAUUAUCUUAGUACUGAUUCGAUAUGUGGUAGUGAUGUCUAUUCUGAUGUUGAUGUUGAUUGGAUAAAUGUUGAAUUCUUGAAUCAGAUUAGGUGUUCUGGUCUACCUAAUCAUUCGUUGAAGUUGAAAAUAGGCGUGCCUAUUAUUUUGUUGAGGAAUAUUGAUCUAGCUGGGGGUUUGUGUAAUGGGACCCGACUUGUGUGA